CAUUUUUCAUUGCAUAACUUCCAUCAUCCUAUAUAUCUACUCAUUCCCCGGGAACUUCAUCCUCAACCAGGUAUUCUUCUUCUUACUUGUAGUCCAGUUAUAAUUAAAGCCUUUUUUUACUGCCAUCAACAAAUAUUCCACCAACAAUGGAAAAAAAUCAUGAAGAACCAAUUGUAGUUCCUGAAGAAGAGUUACAACAACUUAUUGAAACCCUUGAAAAGGCAAGCACCUGCCUGAUCAGUACUAACAAGUUAAUAAAGUAUGAAGGUUUCUGGUAUGCUGCAUCAGAUGAAAGUCUAAAGAACAUCCUCAUGUUCCAAAGACACUUCUGUGCUCGAGAUUCUGAUCUCAUCGUCGCCGGCCAUCCGAAAACCGGAACCACUUGGUUGAAAUCUUUAUUCUUCGCUACUGUCAAUCGUAACAAGUACCCAAAACAUGAAAGUCCUUUGCUUAAAAACCACCCACGCGAACUUGUGUAUCGUCUAGAGAGCCAAAUUUAUGGCCAAGCCUACCCUCGUCCGCAUCAUGUUGAUGAGCUUCCUUCUCCUAGGCUUUUUAGUACCCACAUAAAUUACUCAUCUCUUCCUGAGUCCAUUUCAACAACUAAAUGUCGCAUUUUGUACAUAUGUCGAAAUCCCUUGGACACGCUUGUGUCCUUGUAUUACUUUGUACUUAAUAUCAUGAAGAAGAAGAAGAAAGAUGGUGAAGAUUUUCAACCUCCUAGUUUGGAGGAUUUCUUUGAGGAUUUCUAUGAUGGGAGAGCUAUACAUGGUCCUUACUUAGACCAUGUUGUUGAGUAUUGGAAGCUGAGUUUGGAGCGGCCUGAGAAGGUGUUUUUUAUCAAGUAUGAAGACCUAAAAAAGGAUCCAGAAAAUCAUGUAAAGAAGUUGGCUGAAUUUGUGGGUGUGCCAUUUACUAUGGAAGAGGAGAGAGAAGUGUGUAAAAAGAUAAUAGAAUUAUGCAGCAUCAAAACUUUGAAAGAAUUGGAAGUUUAUAAGAAUGGGACAGUUAACAAAUUCUUGGACCAUAAGGAUUUCUUUAGAAAAGGGGAGGUGGGAGAUGGGAUCAAUCAUUUUACACCUGACUUAGUGGAGAGGAUGAAUAAACUCACGCAACAAAAACUUCAUGGUACUGGUUUGUCACUUUAAAUUACUGCUAAUGUUGAGAUUAUUUCAAAGUAAAAUUUCUGUUAGUAUUGUUUAUGGGUUCCUAGAGGUUAGGAUUAGUUGAUAAUUAUCUUCUAGUUUGUUGGUUAGUGGUGGCCUGGUGGGUGGUGUUAAGCAAGUAGUGGACCAUUAUCACCACUAUCCUAGUUACUUAGUUGCUUAUUUUUAGGAGUUAAUUACCGUUGCAUUGCUUAGUAUGUAGCCUAUAUAAUAGCAAGUUUGCUAUCAUUUUUAUUCAAUGAAAAAGUAUCCAGUGAAUUGUUUUCUA